AUGGCUGACAAUACUGGAUCGGCGCUCAACGCUGACCCAGUAUCCCUGUCGGGUCUCGUCUCGACACUAGCCCCGACGGCUUUUGUUGCAGGUAUCUAUGUCGCCAUCUUUCUGCUUCUGCGAAAGAGCCAGAGAAGAUACUAUGCUCCUCGAACAUAUCUGGGAAACUUACGCGAAAGCGAACGAAGCCCACCCCUUCGAUCAGGCCUCCUCAAUUGGAUAGGCGAUUUCUGGAAGAUUCCUGAUGUAUAUGCUCUACAGCAUCAGUCCCUGGAUUCUUAUCUGUUCCUGCGUUUCCUGCGCAUAGCCACCACCAUCGCCUUUGUCGGCUGCUGCUUUCUCUGGCCUGUUCUCUUCCCCGUCAAUGCUACAGGCGGGGGCGGCCAGCAGCAGCUCGACAUUCUGUCGUACUCCAACAUCAGCUCCGACAGCAAGAACCGUUACUAUGCCCACGCGUUCUGUGCUUGGAUCUUCUACGGAUUUGUCAUGUACAUGAUUCUCCGGGAGUCGAUCUUCUACAUCAACAUCCGCCAGGCCUUCCUUCUGUCGCCUUACUAUGCCAACAGAAUCUCGUCUCGGACAGUCCUGUUUGUGUCUGUGCCCGAGCCAUACCUGGACGAAGCUAGACUGCGCAAGGUCUUUGGGGACUCGGUCAAGAAUGUGUGGAUCACGGGAGAUACCGAUGAUUUGGAGAAGCUGGUCAAGGAGCGCGACAAGGUGGCUAUGAAGCUGGAGAAGGCCGAGGUGAAGCUGCUCAAGACUGCCAAUGGCGAGCGACUCAAGGCAAUCAAGAAGGGCGGUUCGCAGGAGAGACUUGAAGAAGCCCCUGCUGAUACCGAGUCGGGCAGCCUCGCCGCUCGUUGGAUCCCUGCAAAGAAGCGCCCGUCCCACCGGACUGGACCUCUUGGACUCGUGGGCAAGAAGGUCGACACCAUUGAGUGGUGCAGAACCGAGUUGGAGCGCAUUAUUCCUCUGGUGGACAAGGCUCAAACCACCUACCGCAACGGCACUUACAAGAAGGCUGGCUCCGUCUUUAUCGAGUUCUACAACCAGUCGCAGGCCCAGACGGCUUUCCAGGUUUUGGCUCACCACCAGGCACUGCAGAUGGCACCAAAAUACAUUGGUAUCACCCCCGGUGAGGUCGUCUGGAGCGCCCUGAAGAUCUCUUGGUGGCAACGCAUCAUUCGCCGUUUCGCUGUCAUCGGCUUCAUCUCCGCUCUGAUCAUCUUCUGGGCCAUUCCUGUUGCCGUUGUUGGUAUCAUCUCCAACAUUUCCUACCUGGAGACGAUCUCCUUCCUCACAUGGCUCCAGAAGAUCCCUCAGAUCAUCAUGGGUGUCGUCACUGGUCUGCUCCCAUCUGUCAUGCUGGCUAUUCUGAUGUCACUUGUCCCCAUUAUCAUGAGACUCUGCGCCAAGCUUUCUGGAGAGCCCUCGCUCUCCCGCGUAGAGCUUUUCACCCAACAUGCCUACUUUUGCUUUCAGCUCAUUCAGGUGUUUUUGAUCACCACGAUGACCUCAGCCGCAUCGUCGGUCGGCCUCCAGAUCGCCAAAGACCCGUCGCUAGCAACCAGUUUGUUGGCUAACAACCUGCCCAAGGCGUCCAACUUCUACAUCUCCUAUUUCCUCGUUCAAGGUCUCGCGAUUGCCUCGAAUGUCAUGACGCAGGUUGUUGGCUUCUUCAUUUUCACUCUGAUCUACAAGUUCUUGACGGGCACGCCUCGUGCCAUGUACAACAAGUGGGCCAACCUCAGUGCCAUCUCGUGGGGAAGCGUCAUGCCCGUGUACACCAACAUUGUGGUCAUCAGUAUCACGUACGCCGCCAUCGCACCAUUGAUGCUGGGUUUCGCUACCAUUGCCCUCGGACUGUUUUACCUGGCAUGGCGCUACAACAUCCUGUUCGUGACUGACACCCAGAUCGACACCCGUGGUCUGAUCUAUCCGCGUGCGCUCAAGCAGCUCUUUGCCGGCAUUUACGUCGCAGAGAUCUGCAUGGUCGGUCUUUUCGCCGCCUCUGUCGCAAUCGGCCCCAUGGUUCUCAUGAUUAUUUUCCUGAUCUUCACGGCCCUGUUCCAGUUGACGAUCAACAAGGCCCUCGACCCGCUCUUGUACAGCCUUCCCAGGACAUUGGAGUCCGAGGAAGAGUCCGUGAGAACAGGGCUCGAAGCAGCUGUCGCCAACAACGGCCACAACAACAGCCACAACGGCGCGAAGAACGGCGCGACCGACGAGAAGGCUGUGCCCGCCGCGCCGGGCAAGAAGCCCGGCUUCGUCAGCAAGUUCUUGAAGCCGUGGGCGCACUGCGACUACGCUGCGAUGCGGAAGCUUGUCCCCGGGGCAGCUGGCGAGUUCGACGUCCAGAGCCUGUACUCGACAGAGAUUGAGCGCGACGCCUACUUCCCGCCCUCAGUGUCCAGCGCCACGCCUCUGCUCUGGAUCCCAGAGGACCCUGCAGGCAUCUCCAAGCAGGAGGUCAGAGACACUGGCAAGGUCAUCCCCAUCACGGAUGAGGGGUGCGUUCUCAACGACAAGAACAAGCUGGAGUGGGACACGGAGGGUGUCCGCCCUCCUCUGUUCGAGGAGAAGAUCUACUACUAG